GUAGCCGACCGGAAGUGACGGUGGGAGGCCGCCGGAAGUGUCGGGAAGUGUUGUGCGACCGAGUCUGUACUGAGACGGGCCUUGACCCGGAGCGAUACCGCUAUGUCGCUCGAAAUCGAGUCUUCCGAUGUGAUUCGUCUCAUCAUGCAGUACUUGAAGGAGAACAGUUUGUAUCGGGCAUUGGCCACCCUACAGGAGGAGACCACUGUCUCUCUCAAUACUGUGGACAGCAUUGAAAGCUUCGUGGCUGACAUUAAUAGCGGCCAUUGGGAUACUGUUUUACAGGCUAUACAGUCUCUGAAAUUGCCAGACAAAACCCUUAUUGAUCUCUAUGAACAGGUUGUUCUGGAACUGAUAGAACUUCGUGAAUUGGGUGCUGCCAGGUCCCUUCUGAGACAGACAGACCCCAUGAUUAUGUUGAAGCAAACACAGCCAGAGCGCUAUAUUCAUCUGGAAAACCUCUUAGCCAGGUCUUACUUUGAUCCUCGUGAGGCCUAUCCAGAUGGAAGCAGCAAAGAGAAAAGGAGAGCAGCGAUUGCCCAGGCGUUAGCUGGAGAAGUCAGUGUGGUGCCGCCAUCUCGUCUCAUGGCAUUGCUGGGACAGGCGUUGAAGUGGCAGCAGCACCAGGGCUUGCUUCCUCCUGGUAUGACCAUAGAUUUGUUUCGAGGCAAAGCAGCUGUCAAAGAUGUGGAAGAAGAAAAGUUUCCCACACAGCUGAGCAGGCAUAUUAAGUUUGGUCAGAAAUCGCACGUGGAGUGUGCUCGGUUCUCUCCAGAUGGUCAAUAUCUGGUCACUGGAUCUGUUGAUGGAUUUAUUGAAGUGUGGAACUUCACUACAGGAAAAAUCAGGAAGGAUCUUAAGUACCAGGCCCAGGAUAACUUCAUGAUGAUGGAUGAUGCUGUCCUCUGCAUGUGUUUCAGCCGAGAUACUGAAAUGUUAGCAACUGGGGCCCAAGAUGGAAAGAUUAAGGUGUGGAAGAUUCAGAGUGGACAGUGUUUAAGAAGAUUUGAAAGGGCACAUAGUAAAGGUGUCACCUGUCUAAGCUUUUCAAAGGAUAGCAGUCAGAUCCUCAGUGCAUCUUUUGACCAAACAAUAAGAAUUCAUGGUUUAAAAUCUGGAAAAACACUGAAGGAAUUUCGAGGCCAUUCCUCCUUUGUUAACGAGGCAACAUUUACACAGGAUGGACAUUACAUUAUCAGUGCAUCUUCUGAUGGCACUGUGAAGAUCUGGAACAUGAAGACCACGGAAUGUUCAAAUACCUUUAAAUCAUUGGGCAGUACUGCAGGGACAGAUAUUACCGUCAAUAGCGUGAUUCUGCUUCCUAAAAACCCAGAGCACUUUGUUGUAUGCAACCGAUCAAACACAGUGGUCAUCAUGAACAUGCAGGGGCAGAUUGUCAGAAGCUUCAGUUCUGGUAAGAGAGAAGGUGGUGACUUCGUUUGCUGUGCCCUCUCUCCCCGUGGGGAGUGGAUCUACUGUGUUGGGGAGGACUUCGUGCUCUACUGCUUCAGCACAGUCACCGGCAAGCUGGAGAGAACUCUGACGGUUCAUGAGAAGGAUGUGAUUGGAAUUGCACACCACCCGCAUCAGAACCUGAUUGCUACCUACAGUGAAGAUGGACUCCUGAAGCUCUGGAAACCCUGAGUCCUCUUAAGUGCAGCCAGGGAACAUGCACUUAAGUGGAGGCGUGCUCAUGUGUUACUUUUACUUUUCAUAUCUGCCUUUGUAAACAAAGAUGCUCUCUGAAUAAGUCAAGAAUAAUUGUGCGAAAAUUCAUGUUUAAAUAGAAGUUAUCAUUUAAUUUUCUUUAUUUUAUUUUGCUGAGACGUGGGUUUCUCUGUAAUCCUUGGCUGUCCUGAAACACUCUGUAGACCAGGGUGGCCUUGAACUCAGAGAUCUGCCUACUUCUCAAGUGUUUAGAUUAAAGGUAUGAACCCCCACCCCUUUUGCUAGCUUGCUUUUAGAGCAUUUUAAAGGGGAAUCAUUAACUGGGGAAUUCAUUUAAUGUUUUCAUUAAUCUCUACCAAAAGACUUUAAAUACUGUUAAUUAAAAUGUGUCCUAGCAUAGAAUGUGUAAAUAAGUCACUGUGCCAUAUUCAGCAGCUGUGGGGUUUUUUUAAAAAAAGAUUUUAAUAAACUUAAUACCUUUCUGAAGACUUUA